AUGCAGAUUAGCACGUUUGCACUGCUACUGGCAGGAGCAGUUACAGCCAAGUCCACAGAAAACGCUCCACGAACUUUGAAUAGGUCGUCGCGGUCACUGAACGAAAGAUCUACUUUAUGUAAUCUUGCGUGGUCCAAUUCUGGUCAUCAAGGAGAGACUGAUUGUUCGGGAGCCGACGUUGUGUUCUCGUCGGUAUCUGGUCGUUAUGAUUCGAAGGUGCAGGAUGCUAUAGCUGAUGAUUCAGUGGAAGUGAUGUGCUAUAUCAGUGUUGGCACCGUAAAUCCGUCGAAUCCUAUACUGGACUUCGAUGAACUCUUAAACUAUAAAUGGGUGCAAAACGAGGAUGAUAAUGGAAAUGGUGGGUAUUGGGGUGACUACUGGUACAAUCCUGAUGAUCUCCCAGCAGUGCUCGAAAUAAUGAAAAAGGUACUGGACAAGGUUAAGGGAUUUGGUUUCACUAUGGUAAGUACUGACAACGCAAAGCCCAGCGAUGUCGUCGCCGAGAACGACAGUAUUGCGGCACGAGCACGACAAAAUCAAGAGAUCGACGAUCGAUAUAUAGAUUACAUGGAGGGAUUAGUUGAGUAUGCGCAUUCCAUUGGCCUCAAGAUAGUUCUGAAAAAUCCAUCUUAUUACAACAAUCACGAUACAGCCGGUCUUUUCGAUGGCUACAUCGUGGAAAGCUUGUUUAACUGGUAUCCUUAUGACAUAAACCUGUACACCACUGGUACGUAUGGAAACUUGUUCGAGCAAGGCAAACCUGUGUGGAUCUUCCAGUACAGUGGGACCAACGGUGUGGAUGACGAAACCCUACAAAAACGUAUGCGAUGUGAACAAGUACCAACAGUUUACUUGGACACUAGCGAUGGAUGGGAAGCACUUAGCCAAUGGAGCAAAACAAUGACCAAUGACGAAUGUAGGGAUGAAGGCAUGGAUCGGUCCCUAUAUUAGCGCACUUUGUGCGCAAAUUAGUAAGUUGUAGCAACAAUUCUAUUUCAUACGUACGCGUAAUCCUAAGGGAUAUACAUAAAUAAACACGCAUCACUCUCCACAG